AUGGCUAAUUUCACUCUGAGUGGGUUUCUUCUCAUGGGCUUUUCUGCCAAUCGUGAGCUUGAACUCGUCCAAGCUUCUCUGUUCUUAGUCUUAUACCUGGUGGCGGUAACUGGCAACAUCCUCAUUAUCAGUGCAAUUUCCAUAGACAAUAGCCUCCACUCACCCAUGUAUUUCUUCCUGAAACAUCUCUCCUUCCUGGACUUGUGCUAUAUUUCUGUGACUGUGCCAAGGUCCAUUUACAACACUUUCAUCCACAGUGGCUACAUUUCCCUCGAGGAAUGCAUAGUGCAGUGUUUUGCCUUUGCUUUCUGUGCCACUGCUGACCUGUCCAUGCUGACAGUGAUGUCCUAUGAUCGCUACGUGGCCAUCUGCCUUCCACUGCGCUACGAAAUUAUCAUGGAUGCCAGCACCUGUGUUCAUGGACUCCUAGGUGUCUGGAUUAGUGGGGUCAUUUCUGGAACCAUGCACACAGCUGGCACUUUUUCCAUGCACUUCUGUGGUUCCCAUAUCAUUCACCAGUUCUUCUGUGACAUCCCCCAGAUCAUGAAACUCUCUUGUUCUAAUGAGUAUAUCAGCGAGUUUGGGAUCAGUGGUGUCUUAUCUCUAAUGGCCUUUCUUUGCAUUGUGUUUAUUGGAGUGUCCUACACACGGAUAUUCUCUACUGUGCUGAGGAUGCCAUCUGCUGAGGGCAGAGCUAAGGCUUUUUCCACUUGCCUUCCCCACCUUGCUGUGGUCAUUUUGUUUAUAUCCACCGGUGCCUUUGAGUUUCUCAAGCCACCAUCUGACUCUCCAAGUGCACUGGACAUUUUGCCCACUAUAAUGUACACAGUUGUGCCCCCAACAGCCAAUCCUAUGAUCUACAGCCUGAGAAAUCAAGCCAUAAAGGCGGUUCUAAGGAAGAUCUUCCAAAGAAAAAAAGCUGAUCUAUUUCGUUGA